AUGAGAUCAAUUUUCUUCCAUCUCACAUGCAUCCAAACGGAAUCAGGCCUGCCAUUUUUCACAAGGACUCUUGGUCAUGUUAAUCAGUUACCUGAUCAGGUGUUGAGUUCGUUGAAUGUGGCCCAUACAUUCUGUUCCUCCUACCUUGCUGAUCUGAAACAAACUUUAUCUGGGGACAUCUGUGUUAAUUGGAGGAAGGCAUACUGCCUCGUCGACAGCUUGCUAACAACAAACGACGCUUUCAUCAGCAACAACGACAGCCACUUCAACAACAUCAAUAGCAACUUCAACAACAUCAACAGCAACAUCAAAAACGGCAACAACAACAGCAGCAGCAAAAUCCGAAAGAAGAAUCAAUAUUUAGAUUUCAAUUUGGUAGCUCUGAGUAACAGUUCCAUGCUGUCAGAUGACAUUUUUAUGCUACAGUCAUGCCUGGAUGAUUAUUCAAAAAUUUUCAUCAAAAUGAAGAUGGCCUGUCUUUUCAUUAAAGGCCUCCUGGCAGCGUCAACAGAUAAGUCCAACAGUCAGCUACCACCUCACGAUUCAGUCAUUUUACAUCAUUACGUCAACCGAUGUAUAUUUGCGUCCUUGUCGUCUUUCAGCGACAGUGUCACAGUUGACGAGUGUGUCAUCUAUCUCCCUGAGUCCAGUCCAGACACGAAUGAAUUCUGGACGCAACAAGUUGAUUUGUUGGCGAGAAUGACAAAGAUGAGGAAUAACUCCAUGCCCUAUCUUCCUACUGUUAAUAAGGAUCUUGUCAGCUUCCUCCUAUUAAACACAUCGAAACAUCGUCACGUCAUGUGCCCCGAUGUCAACAAUGAUGACGACGAUGAGGACGAGAACGAAAAUGGUUUUGAGAGAGGCCGUAUACUGACAUCAUUCUACGAACACUACGUCAGUAAAUUCAAGAAAAAUGACGUCAUCGAGAAUAAAGCUCAAAACCUGACCUUUGCCUAUCGAACAACCUUGAACUCUGACAUUCACGAUGCUACGGAGUCAUACAUGUGUCUUCGUAACUAUAAAUGUUAUCAUACUGCCCGUAAGAAAGGCAAUGAUAAUUACGAGAUAUUCAUCGUCUUCAAGAAAGACAUUCCAACAUACGCCAUGGACGUUAUCAAGAUUAGGCCAUCGUCAACGGCUUCCAAGACAGAACCAAUCGAAGCAUCUCAGACAUGUCCCAGACAUCUAACAACACCCUUCACAAUCUUCGACAUGUUUCCAACUACCCUAACACCCAACCAUAUUGGGCAUCAGUUAUUUGGACAUCAACCAUUUAGACACAACCAGCAGAAGUUUCUGCUUGCCUAG